AGCAAAAAAAUUUUUAACUCUUAUGUCUUAUGCAGUCAUCUGCUGAUCAAUGUACAUAUUUACUCACUUGUAUUUUUUCCAUCUUGGGUCAGGAGGAGGUACAUUACAGGUCGCCCAGUAAGUCCCCCUAGAAACCGCCCGGCGAACCGCCCGGCGAACCGCCCGGCAAACCGCCCAGCAAACCGCCCAGCAAACCGCCCGACAAAUGAAGAGAUAUCAUUAAGAGAGAGGCAUCAGACUCGUGCGGUGCAAAUUAUUUUGGACCGAGAAAACCAGAUGAUAGACUGUCUGAUAAACAUUCGCCAUAUCACCCGCUUAUUCUUUUUCACCUUCAUCACUUGUGGUAAAUACUCUCCCACAAACAAUCCGUUUGGAAGUGUUACAGAAAGUCUGUAUUUUGAAAUUCGUCUCACUGUUGUCUUCUGCUCAUGUUCAUCAGCUUGUCUUUGGUGGAUUAUUUGCCCACGACCGUCUAAGAUGUCUCUUACAACAACUAUGACAGACAUGGGUCCAAUCUCUGGAGUUGAGGAUCAGGGACAUCUCUCCAGGCUGCAGAUGUUGGAGAAAAAAAUUAACUACCUUCUACCAGAAGUAGACCUGUGGCCAAACUUUGCUCUCCACUCUCAAGGAGCAACGAUUUUGUACAAAAAAACGACAGAGUCAUGUGAAAGCCAUAUUGGAUGUAGAAUACUUGGAGUGCCUAUCAGGGCACCAGCUAUAGAUGCAGACAUUGUUAUUCAGGGAAGAACUCAUCUGCAUCCUGGACAAUGCUGGGCCUUUUCAGGCUUCCCAGGACGUUUGGCCAUCUCAUUGUCUCACACAGCCAUCAUCAGACAUGUGUCCCUGGGCCACAUUCGAAAGAUUGUGUCCCCAACGUCCUCCGUCUCCAGUGCUCCUAAAGAGUUUUCUGUCUUUGGAAAGAAGAAUUUAGAAGAUGAGGAAACUCAUUUGGGAACUUUCAUAUAUGACGAAAAUGGAGACCAAAUUCAGACCUUCAAACUUUCUGCUGAUAAAGUUGGCCCCUACAACCAUGUUACACUACAGGUGAACAGCAACUGGGGAGAAUCGGGCUACACCUGCCUCUACGACUUCAGAGUGCAUGGAGAUCUAGCCAAAGAAUGAGGUCAACAAGGAGGAAAGGGGUGUAAGAUAGGAAAGGGGAAAAAGUACAUUUUUUUCUUUGAUAUAUAUUUUUUGUAGAUGUUUUUGGAAUUAAUUAUAAAUCCUGAUUAAAACAGUUACACCACUCAUCUAUAAGUAGACAAUCAAAUGAAGAUGAAAA